AUGACAACAACAACGAUUAUAACAAUAUUAAACGUGUUGUACAUUAAACACACUAUAUUCAAACAUGUUGAAGAGAUAUCGAAAAGGGCAAGUCAAGAGGUCGCAUCAAUGAUAUCACUAAAAGGACGGGAUAUUGUUAAACUACCUUACCUUCAAAUGAUCAGUAAGUUUGGUAUGCCAUGGGACUAUAUCAAACAUUAUCUACCACCCACUAUUGGUAGUACUGAUAAAGACAACGAUGUAUUGUUAAAGAGAAGAGUACAAGCAAUCUCUAAAUACUGUUCACAUAGAAAUGCAACAUUGUCAACACUUGUACAGUUAUUGAAAUGGUCAGGACCAAAGUUUAAUCCUCAACCAGAACAAGUAGAUAUCACUACCAUCAUAAUGAAUGGAAACAAAGAUAUAUUAAUGUUACUUCUCAAACAAUGUCCUCAUCUCGAUUAUAGUGGUGCUAAUCAAGCUGCAUCAUUGUAUGGACAUGUCUCUAUAUUAGAGAUGCUGAGAGACAGUCAACCUAAAGGUGACUUUCUUCCAACUACCUAUGGUGAAGCAAGUUUAGCAGAUGCUUGUGGAAAGGGGUAUCUAGAUGUUGUCAUCUAUCUCCACAACACCUAUGGUGACAAGAUUAAUGGAACAGAGAAUGCUUUCGAAUAUGCUGUUUCAAAUUCUCAUUUAGAUAUUGUCAAGUUUCUACAUUUUAAUCGAAGUGAGCCAUGUUCACGUAAAGCAAUCAUUUCUUCUGCAAUGAGUGGCAGCGUUGAAUUAGUAAAGUUUCUUCAUGAGACCCAAACUGGGGGAUGGUCAACCGAGGUAAUGGAUCAGGCAGCCUCAUAUGGCCAUCUUGAAAUUUUAAAAUUUCUACAUGAACAUCGUAGUGAAGGAUGCACAACUAUGGCUAUGGACAUGGCCGCCCAUUGUGGUCAUUUUUCGGUUGUAGAGUGGUUAAACCAUAAUAGAAGUGAAGGAUGCACAGAAGAUGCUAUGGAUAUGACAAAUAGUUUUGAAAUCGUUCAAUUUCUUCAUAAUCAUCGGUCAGAGGGAUGCACAACACAUGCGAUGGAUAUUGCGGCAGCUGCAGGUAAUUUACAAACAGUAUCAUUUCUCCAUAGCAACCGCACUGAAGGUUGCACAACAAAAGCUAUGGAUGAAGCAAUUAGAUAUAGUCAUAUUGAUGUUGUAAAGUUUUUGUAUGAAAAUAGAAGUGAAGGAUGUUCAAUGAAUAAGAUAUUUUCUAUUGCUUGUUUGAGAGAUGAUAUUAGUUUGGAGAUGAUCAGGUAUCUUAAUGAAACCAUCAAAGCUGUGCCAAAUGGGAAAGAAGUGUACUGUGGGGCAGUAAACAACAGAGUUGAUGUAAUUCAAUAUUUACUUGAACAAUAUCCAAAUGUUGAUUGGGACUUUGGAGGAAUAUUAAGUUUACUAGUUUCUUUUGGUUGCUUGGAAACUUUAAAGUUUUUCCAAGAUAAUCUACCACAUGCAUUAUCAUGCAAACAUAAUAUAUUCGACAAGGCUUGUAAACACUCAUCUACAGUUGAUAUGAUUCGAUUUCUUCAUGAAAAUAACUAUACUCAAUGGUGCUCGACCGAUGCGAUGGAUCAAGCAUCAGCCAGUGGCAAUCUUGAGAUUGUAGAGUUUUUACAUUUUAAUCGAACAGAAGGAUGCACAACAAGAGCAAUGGAUAGAGCUGCUUUGAAUGGACACUUAAAAGUGGUAAAGUUUCUUCAUGAGAAUAGAACAGAAGGAUGCAAGUAUUUCCUUGGUAUUUUCACUCAAGAUUCAACAGUUCCACUCUGUUUUGAUACUGCUCAUUAUAUGCUGUCCAACAAACUAGUAUCAAAAGAUAUGAUUUUAAAGGAUUGCAUCCACCCCGAUAAUUAUGAAAUCAUCCAACUUGUCGAUCAAUUCUUACUUUCCGAUAAUAGUCCUUAUUUAUAA